AUGGACUCUCAAGAUGAGAAACAUGGCCUUCUAGGCAACGAAAACCGGCCCUCCUCAGAAUUUAUGCAAGAGAAAGAUGGCCUUCCUGCUAUCAACACUCCUCGACGCUCUUUUCGCUCUCGAGUGUGGUCACUAGCUCUCGCUGCAUUGUUGACCCUGACUGCGUUUGGUUUUUGGAGCACUUCAUCUUUCAAGCAUUGCCACAAGGUAAUGCCAAUGAAAAAUAUAGAAGACCGUGUUCACAAGAUUCUUUCUGAAACACCUCUUAUCGACGGCCACAAUGAUCUUCCCAUUCUAGUGCGAGCUAUGUAUGGCAAUAAAAUAUAUAGCUCCGAUUUCAUUAAGCGCUUUGCGUUUGGCAAUUUGACUGGCCAUGUUGAUGCGCCACGCUUGGCCGAUGGCCAGGUCGGGGGUACUUUCUGGAGCGUGUUCGUCCCUUGUCCUGCAGAUGGCGCGGAUUUCUCCAAGGAGAACUAUGCAGAGAGCGUUAGGACUACCUAUGAGCAAGUUGAUGUCAUGACAAGAAUUCAACAAGAAUUCAAAGGCAUCCUUUCCGAGUCACCAAACGGCACCACAGCCCUGGAAGAGUUCCGUCGAGGCAAGAUCAUUUCACCUCUGGGAAUUGAGGGCUUGCACUCUAUCGGCAAUUCUCUCACCCAUCUCAGAUCAUUCUACAAGCUCGGCGUCAGAUACGCAACCUUGACACACAAUUGCCACAACAUAUACGCCGACGCAGCAUUGGUGGAGAUUCCCGGGGGCGGAAUCAAAAAGGCGGAUCCAGUCUGGAAUGGCGUUAGCGAAAAGGGCAAAAUUCUUGUAUCCGAGAUGAACCGACUAGGCAUGAUCGUUGACCUUGCACAUGUCAGCGAGGCUACGAUGCACGAUGUUCUCGGUGCCGGCAAAGAUGACUGGAUUGGCAGCCAGGCACCGGUUAUCUUCAGUCAUAGUUCCACCCACGCUCUCUGCCCGCAUCCUCGCAACCCUACAGAUGAGACUUUGAAGCUUGUCAAGAAGACUGAUUCAGUAGUUAUGGUCAACUUUUACCCCCAAUUCAUCAGCUGUACUGCAUCCGACCGGGAAGACGGAAUGCCCGAUUUCUAUGCCCCCAAUGCAACCCUCGCCCAUGUUGCCAACCACAUUAUGCAUAUCGGUAACCUCAUUGGCUUUGACCACGUCGGCUUGGGCAGUGACUUUGACGGUAUUGAGUCUACCCCCGAAGGUCUGGAAGAUGUCUCCAAGUACCCGGAUUUGAUUGCAGAACUUCUUAGACGUGGAGUAAGCGAUUCGGAUGCCGCCAAGGUGGCGGGAGGUAACUUGCUUAGAGUGUGGAAGAAGGUGGACGAAGUUGCACUUAAGUUACAAGCUGAGGGUGUAUUGCCAGCGGAAGAUGAUAUUCCCCCUAUGAAGCCUGAUCAGAUUUUUGUAUAG